CUUUUGGCAUGCUGCCGCAGCCACGUACACCUCAACAGCUAAAUGCACGGUUACGGCCUGGAAGGCCAGCACUGAACAUGUGCCCACUACCUGUAACAUCAUCUCCAAACAUGUCUGACUCACUUAAGUCAAGUGAAGAUCACCCUGACUUUGGCUUUGGCACAUUUAAUUCUAGCAAUCAACCUGACUUGGGCUCUGGCUCAUUUAAUUCUAGCAAUCAACCUGACCUUGGCUCUGGCUUAUUUAAUUCUACCAAUCACACAGAUUUUGGCUCUGGUUCACUAAUUGCUUUUACCAGUAUGUUAUCGAACAGAAUAGUCAGCAAAAUGGAAGAGCAGAGUGAAGUAUUACAAAACAUAGUUCACAAAUUAAAUCAGAUCACCCUGCUGCUUCAAAAUGCGGAGGAAGGGGUGAAGGCACCGCAGCGAUGCCGAGGGCUUAUCUCUGCCUCUAACUAAUGAACAGGAAAUAGGAAGCCUGGAGGAGAAGGUGAUGGAGAAGGAAUUUAGAGCAAAACUGGUUCAGCAUCUCUCAUGCAUCGGAGGAGACUGCGUCACCUCUGUUACACGGAGAAUUUUAAAACGCCUCUUCUCUUCACAGCUGGCUCAAAAUU